GCCUUCCAUAGAGCCUGUGAGGUGAGGUCAUCAUCAGGGCGGGGACAAAAUUCCUGCUCUCUACUUUUGUCUCUACGUGGAGGAGGCAGGGCUGCAAAGCUGGACGCUGUCUGGGAUUUCUGGAGCACCGACAUCUCGCAUCUUCCUCCGACUGACCACGUCUGGUCACUCACAGAAAAAUGUCCAUAAAAAUAACGCAAGAUGAGGCGGAGGAGAUGAGGGCGAUGUUCGACAGUAUUGAUCUGGACAAAAAUGGAUUUAUUUCUGAUAAUGAGCUCGGCGAGCUUCUUACACAGAGCGGCCACCCCCAACCAGGAUACAUGAUCCGGGAAAUCCUGCAGAAACUCGACCGCGACAAGGACAACAAAAUCAGCUUUGAAGAGUUUUUGUCGAUUGUCAAGGAGCUGAAGGGCAGUCAAGUUGCAAAAACAUUCCUCAAGGCCAUCAACAAAAAGGAGGGCAUCCUGGCGAUUGGCGGGACAUCGGAGCUGUCGAGCGAAGGCACACAACACUCGUACUCUGAGGAGGAACGAUACGCUUUUGUGAACUGGAUCAACACAGCUCUGGAAAAGGAUCCCGACUGUCAACAUGUCCUGCCCAUGGAUCCCAACACAGACGCUCUCUUCAAGACUGUGGGAGACGGCAUUGUGCUCUGCAAAAUGAUCAACCUGUCAGUUCCAGACACCAUUGACGAGAGAACAAUCAAUAAGAAGAAGCUGACCCCAUUUACAACACAAGAAAACCUGAACCUGGCUCUGAACUCGGCGUCUGCCAUCGGCUGCCAUGUGGUGAACAUCGGCGCUUUGGACCUGAAAGAAGGGAAGCCCCAUCUGGUGCUGGGCCUCCUGUGGCAGAUCAUCAAGAUUGGCCUCUUUGCCGACAUCGAGCUCAGCAGAAAUGAAGCCCUUGCGGCCUUGCUGAGAGACGGAGAAACCCUGGAGGACCUGAUGAAGCUGUCGCCGGAGGAGCUGCUGUUGCGCUGGGCCAACUUUCACCUGGAGAACGCUGGCUAUCCAAAGAUCAACAACUUCAGUUCAGACAUCAAGGACUCAAAGGCCUAUUUCCACCUUCUGAAUCAAAUCUCCCCUAAAGGCACAGAGGAGAAUCGGCCACGCAUCGACAUCAACAUGGCAGGCUUCAGCGAGAAAGAUGACUUGAAGAGGGCAGAAGCCAUGCUGCAGCAGGCCGACCGGCUCGGCUGUCGACAGUUUGUCACCCCGACUGACGUCGUCAGCGGGAACCCCAAACUCAACCUUGCCUUUGUGGCCAAUCUGUUCAACAAAUACCCAGCGCUCACCAAACCGGAGAACGAGGACAUCGACUGGGACCUUCUGGGGGGCGAGACGAGAGAAGAGAGAACAUUCAGAAACUGGAUGAACUCCCUCGGCGUGAGCCCCACUGUGAACCAUCUGUAUGUAGAUUUGCAGGAUGCCAUGGUCAUCCUUCAGCUCUACGAGAGAAUCAAAGUGGAUGUCGAUUGGAACAACAAGGUCAACAAGCCGCCUUAUCCCAAACUGGGAACAAAUAUGAAAAAGUUGGAGAAUUGCAACUAUGCAGUGGAGCUGGGCAAAACAACCAAGUUUUCUCUUGUUGGCAUCGGUGGGCAGGACUUAAACGAUGGCAAUCCUACCCUGACUCUGGCACUGGUGUGGCAGCUCAUGAGGAGAUACACAUUGAAUGUACUGGAGGAACUGGGUGAUGGAGAGAAAGUAAAUGAUGACAUCAUUGUAAAAUGGGUGAACAAAACAUUGGCAGAGGCUGGAAAAUCUACCAAGAUCUCAAGUUUUAAGGACAAGGAGAUAAGCAGCAGUCUGGCAGUUCUGGAGCUGAUUGAUGCCAUUCAACCUGGGAGCAUCAACUUCGACCUGGUUAAAACCGGCAGACUCUCUGAAGACGAGAAACUGGACAACGCCAAAUAUGCCAUUUCUAUGGCGAGGAAGAUCGGCGCUCGUGUCUACGCCCUGCCAGAGGACCUGGUGGAGGUCAAGCCAAAAAUGGUGAUGACGGUCUUUGCCUGCUUGAUGGGACGAGGGAUGAAGCGCGCCUAAGCGAGCUGCUUGGAUCACAGGGACACUUAACACUUCCCCCCCCAAAAAAAAAAACAAUUAGCAUUUUGAAAGAGCUUCCUCAA